AUGGAAGGCAAUCACAGUGGCUCGGCUGGAAGCGAGCCACCACCGCAGGCUGACGGGCACGUUUACGAGGUCGUCGUGCAGAACAACUCCACCAACCGCAGCUCCCAGUUUGCAGACGUGGCCCUGCUGCAGACUUUCAAGCCACUCAUCAUCCCUUGCUACGUGCUGGUGGUGGUGGUAGGCGUCAUUGGGAACUACCUGCUGCUCUACGUCAUCUGUCGAACACGCAAGAUGCACAACGUCACCAACUUUUUCAUUGGGAACCUGGCCUUUUCAGACAUGCUCAUGUGUGUGACAUGUGUCCCCUUCACCCUCGCCUAUGCCUUCAACCCGCAUGGUUGGGUUUUUGGUCGUUCCAUGUGCUACCUGGUGUUCCUGAUCCAACCUGUCACAGUAUAUGUUUCAGUCUUUACCCUCACUGCCAUUGCUGUUGACAGAUAUUAUGCAACUGUUCACCCACUGAAGAAGCGGACCACGGUGUCGACCUGUGCCUACGUCCUCACUGGAAUCUGGCUGGUGUCUUGUGGCUUGGUGGCUCCAGCGGUGACCCACACCUACCAUGUCGAGUUCAAGGAGGAAGGCUUCACCAUCUGCGAAGAGUUCUGGUUGGGUCAGGAGAAAGAAAGACGGGCUUACGCAUACAGCACCUUGUUGAUCACUUAUGUUCUUCCGCUGUCGGCUGUCUUUGUUUCUUAUCUCUGCAUCACUGUCAAACUGAGGAAAUGUGUUGCCCCUGGCAACAGGACGCAAGACCAGGUGGGCAUCCACCAAGCCCGGAAGAGGAAGAUCUUUCGCUUGGUUGCACUUCUGGUGUCCGCCUUUGCAGUCUGCUGGCUUCCUAUUCACGUGUUCAACGUGCUCAGAGACAUUGACAUCCACCUGAUCAACAAGCGCUACUUUUUACUCAUCCAGCUGUUGUGCCACCUGUGUGCCAUGAGCUCGUCUUGUUGCAACCCUUUUCUCUAUGCAUGGCUGCACGACCGCUUUCGCUCCGAGCUAAGAAAGAUGCUAAAGUGCCAUCGUCGCAUCGGCGUCCCAGUCAGUCACUGUGCAGCAGGCGUGGUUUUAUAA